GCUUCUUAUGACGUUUGCGACACUUCUGUUGCAAGCUGUUAAAUUGAACGGGAGCUGCUUCUGAACUUAUUCCGCUCUCAAUACGAGCCUUAGCUCUUUAUCUCUUCACUCCCUCCAUCCAUCCCCCUGAAAUUAGCUCUCUCGUAUGAGUAUUCUCCGAAUGUCAACCAGGAUUUAGAGAUGCCUCGUGCCGGUGCUGCCUUUUACUUCCAUUUCCUCCACGCGUUUGCAUUUUUCUGACAAUGAGAUCAAAGUCAUAGCUUUUUCUUUUGUUUUUGUAUAUUCCGAUAGUUUUGUUAUUAUCCUAGCCGCCUUGAAACCGUGGUUUAAGGGGGUCUCGUGUCCUGGAACUGUGAGAUCGGACUCCCAAAAAUGGCACCCUCGUUCGAUUGGUGGGCGAAGCAGAGCCACAGGGGAACGCCGGUGGUGGUGAAGAUGGAGAACCCCAAUUGGUCCAUGGUUGAGCUCGAGGGUCCAUCCGAAGAAGACUUCCUCAUCACGACCGAGUCUCCAGGUUCGGGUCGCGCCAGAGACAAAGGCCACCGAGACGGCAAGAACGCCAAGCAACUCACCUGGGUCCUGCUCCUCAAGGCCCAUCGCGCCGCUGGCUGCCUCACCUCCAUUGCCGCCGCAAUGUUCAGCCUCGCCGCCGCGAUCCGGCGUCGCGUCUCCUCGGGUCAGACCGACUCCGAAGACGCCGACAACGACCAGGUUGCGGGAUGCAGGGAGAAAGAGAACCCCACGGUGAAGACCAGGUUCUACUUCUGCAUCAGAAUGUUCCUCUGGCUCUCCGUGUUUUUGCUAGGGUUUGAGGUGGUUGCGUUCUACAAGGGUUGGCAUCUCGGUGCUCCGCAUUUCGAAUUCCAGUUGCAGAGUCUGUGGGCAACCCCAUUGGGGUUCAAGGGUAUGUUCGACUGGAUUUAUUCUAGGUGGGUUUGGGUUCGGGUGGAGUACCUUGGUCCUCUUCUGCAAUUCCUCGCGAAUGCAUGUACUGUGCUCUUCUUAAUCCAGAGUCUGGAUAGGCUAAUUCUGUGUCUGGGAUGCUUGUGGAUCCGAUUAAAGAAGAUCAAACCGGUUGCCAAACAAGAUGAAAGCGAUAAGGAUCUCGAAUCGGGCGAGAAUAAUGGUUACUUCCCUAUGGUCCUUAUUCAGAUCCCCAUGUGCAAUGAAAAGGAGGUAUAUCAGCAAUCCAUUGCUGCAGUGUGUAAUUUAGACUGGCCAAAAUCGAAGUUUCUGAUUCAAAUUCUGGAUGAUUCGGAUGACCCAACGACGCAAUUGCUGAUCAAAGAGGAGGUCCAUAAAUGGCAGCAAGAGGGUGCCCACAUUGCGUACCGGCAUCGGGUGAUCAGAGAUGGGUACAAGGCUGGAAAUCUCAAGUCCGCAAUGAAUUGUAGCUAUGUUAAAGACUACGAGUUUGUUGCCAUUUUUGAUGCCGAUUUUCAGCCCAACCCUGAUUUCCUCAAACGAACAGUUCCUCAUUUUAAGGAUAACGAAGAAGUAGGAUUGGUUCAGGCAAGGUGGUCCUUUGUGAACAAGGACGAGAAUCUGCUAACAAGGUUGCAGAAUGUUAACUUGGCCUUCCAUUUUGAGGUAGAGCAGCAAGUGAAUGGUCUUUUCAUUAAUUUCUUUGGGUUCAAUGGCACCGCUGGUGUGUGGAGGAUCAAGGCCUUGGAGGAUGCUGGAGGGUGGCUGGAGAGGACCACCGUGGAGGACAUGGACAUUGCUGUCCGUGCUCAUCUUAAGGGAUGGAAAUUCGUUUUCCUCAAUGAUGUCGAGUGUCAGUGCGAAUUACCUGAAUCUUAUGAAGCUUACCGGAAACAACAGCAUAGAUGGCAUUCUGGACCUAUGCAGUUGUUUAGACUUUGUUUGCCAGAUAUAAUUAGAGCUGAGAUAAGUUUUGGGAAGAAAUUCAACUUGAUAUUUCUCUUCUUCCUCCUUAGAAAACUGAUACUGCCCUUCUAUUCCUUCACCCUUUUCUGCAUAAUACUUCCCAUGACAAUGUUCAUACCUGAGGCUGAGCUUCCUUCAUGGGUUGUAUGUUAUAUCCCAGCCACUAUGUCUUUUCUUAAUAUCCUCCCAGCCCCAAAAUCUUUCCCAUUUAUCGUCCCUUACCUUCUUUUCGAGAACACCAUGUCGGUGACCAAGUUCAAUGCCAUGAUUUCUGGGCUAUUCCAGCUUGGAAGUGCUUAUGAGUGGGUCGUUACUAAGAAAUCUGGGCGUUCCUCUGAGGGUGAUCUUGUCUCCUUGGUCGAGAAGGAGCCAAAACAUCAACGUGGGGUCUCGGUGCCCAAUCUAAAGGAAAUGGAGGAGGAAAUACUACAACAAGAGCAAAAGGCUUCUCGAAAGAAGCAUAACAGAAUAUAUACGAAAGAGCUAGCAUUAGCUUUCCUUCUCCUAACAGCCUCAGCAAGGAGUCUCCUGUCGGCUCAGGGAAUCCAUUUCUACUUCUUGCUGUUUCAGGGGAUAUCAUUCCUGUUGGUUGGUUUCGAUUUGAUUGGCGAACAGGUGGAAUGAACAAGAACCGUGAGAUUGUGAUGCUAUUUUAUGGAUGAUAUAAGUACAAGAAACAUGGGUGGACAUGGAAUCUGAGUAUCGCCGACAGAAAACAGCUGUGGGGGAAAUCCACAGAGGCUGAGAGUGCUUCCUUUCUAGCUUGUCCUCCUCCCUCUAGAUCCCCACUCGGAAUCUACCCAAUACAUGAAGAAAUGUUACGCUGCACAGAAGAAUGACUUUCAUAUGGAGAAAGACUCACGUUAGAAAAUGAUGAAGCUCUUCAAUAUAUGUAAGGUUUCAUUUUUCUAUUCUGUAAUUUUCUUUUCUUUUGAUUCUUUUCUUUUUUGGGUCAAUUCUUUUGUAUGAACAAUUGUCGUUCAAACAUCAUACAGAGAUUUUAGUGACAGUUUUAGUCAGAAUAGUGGCACUCCUCUUGGUGCUUCUUAUCGUUUCUCGCCUGAUAA